ACCAGAGCUUAGCAAUUCAGCUAAAUUGUUUAGGCGAAUGCUUGGUGUUUUAUCAAUUGUCAUUUUCGUGUUUUGUGGUACAAUUAUGUUUACUACUUGGAUAUCGUUACCAUUUAUGUCGUGUUUUCCUCAUGUUAUACCACUCUACAUUGUAGGAACAUAUGGUGUGAUAGACAUCGUUUUCAGCUUACCAAAUAUUUUGUCCAUUGAAACAGCAUUUUGCGAAGACGAGACCUCUACCAGUGAAUCACCAUACUGCCUUAUUCAAGGUGUUAUAAUGGUGUAUGGCAUCUUGUUUUCAUCUUUGUGGUAUUUUUGCUUCUGCUUUAAUAUCUACCUUGUUGUUGUUCACAACAAACCCCACUUGAUUCUCUCUAAUCGACGAGCGUACUUGAUGCAAUCCGUUGUUUGCUGGUUGUUACCAACAGUAUCCAUUGCUAUAAUAUUUUCUGAUACAUAUCGUGGCAAAUACUUUGAUUGGAUUGGUGUCGAUUACUUUCUAUGUGUUGUGGCAGACAUACCAAAGAGUUACUAUUUUCUCAUUCUACCAUUACAGCUGACGAUUGGCAUUGGUUCAACUAUACUCUUUCUCACAGCGCUAUUUCUGUUUAAGAGUGAUGAGGACAGUAGAGGUCUCAAGCUGAUGCAGAAUGCAAGCAAGAACUCUGGUAUCACAUCACUGGGGAAAAGACUUUCAGCUCUUUGCUUGUUGUCAAGUGCUGUUGGAAUUUACUUGCCAUGUUCAAUGUCAUAUCUUUGGACAUUUUCUGAUUCAAAAGAAGCCGCUUUGUUGUCAUAUUUUGAAUGCAAGCAAGUGACAGAUGAUUGUCCACAAGAUUUCCUUCAAUAUUCUGUUACUUCUAUAAUGAUUCCACUAAGAAUCGUCAUUGGUUUAUAUUUUCUUAUUUCUUCAUUGUUCUUAUUUGGAACUCCAGCUCAAAUCAAGUUGUGGAAGCACUGGAUAGCAAGACUGCUUCUCUGUUGUCAUGUCCCGGAUCCUGACGGAAAGUACGCGGCAUGGAAAAACGACGCGGAUUUGCAGCAGUAUCAUCGUAGUCAAGCUUCAAUUCGUCGUUUACGGGUUUUACAGCAGGCAGAAACAUGGAAAAACAAAACGCAAGAACGGAGAUAGAACUUACGUCCAGAGAUGGAGCAGGAGCAUCACAAGAAGAACUUGCCAAAGAUGAAAAUUCAAUCGAAAACGGUUAAACUACAUGAACUGACCAGAGAAAGAAAAACGGGCGUGCACAUGUGCAAUAUUUUGACUGAAGUACGUACACCUAUGUUCUCACACACGUUACAUGCACACUACAGUAUACUUUCUGUGAAGACGUUUCU